AAAGUUAAAACCACCUGGUCCCAUUUGCCUUCCCAUGAGCCUCCCAAGGCAUUCUGGUUAACAGAGCUGGAAUUUGUGUGUUCAUUUUAUACAAGCGCUAGGGUUUGAGUAGUGAAAUCGACACUGUAAUUCGGUUCUUGCACACUUUUCUGAAUUUUGUGAGAAAUAGAGAUAGAGAUUAUAAGGUAUGACAACAAUUCGAAAGUUCUGCUGCAAUGAUCUUCUUGAAAUAACCCCUAUACUAAUGGAUCAGUACAAUGAACAUCAUAAAUCCGCAGACACUAGAACUUUGUCAUGGUAUAUGUCCACCAUUGCUAUAUGGUCUAAAUAUUUUCUUGUUGCUGAAGCCCCUGGCAAUCGUAUUAUGGGUUUCAAUGUUGCAAAAGUUGGAGGAAACGAUUUAUCAAAAUGUUGCCAAAUUGCUCAUGUUGCUCCUUAUAUACGGUAUUACCGGAGUGCGGACUUAGUUAGGAUGUUUGUAGAGAAUAUAGAGGUUACGGCAGACAAGAUUGACAAGGUAUUCUAUUUGGAAAUGCUGGUGCGUUCAGUCAACAAUCAAAAGAUAAACCUCUUUGAAAGGCUUGGCUUCGUUUGCUAUGACCAAGGUGAAGAUAGGUUAUCACUCCAGAAACACUUGCCACGAUUAACAGAAUAUCAGGCACACAUGACAAAUCUGGUGCAGCAGAAGCUACAGCAACCAGAGGCUUCUAAUACUGGACCCUCGGUACCUCCUUCUACAUAGCUGAUUACGAGAUUUGUGACAACUGACAAUGGCAUGCCCUCUAAAUAGUAACAGUGGUAUACAACAAUUAAUGACAAGUACUAUGUAAAGGUGAAAGCUAGGUCUUAUCCCCUGUUUGUAAUCAUCCCAUACUUGAGUUGUUGAAAGAUGGUAUUUAGUAAUUUGCCAUCUAAAGGAGUUGUUGGUGCUUCAGUGUGACUGCACCGCCCGUCUUCAUCUUGUGCUGCUGGCUAUAGACUUUGUUGAGGUAGACUUAGAUAUUCAUGAUAAUUCGGAGGUGGCAUUCAAAUCCAAUACUAGAGACUGGUGAGUGAGAUGCACACCGUUGAGCUGAAGUCUUGUCUAUCUGAACUUUUUAGCUUAUGCGGUGUGCAUUUUGUGUAAAUCACUACUCAUCAGGAGAUGUAUAUACACAUUUGGCUUUUUUUUUACAUGUUCACCUACAUGAGAAUACACGAGCCUUUAGC